GCAGAAGUACGACGAUCACGUGGUCGUAGUAGGCUAUGUGGUGUAGAGAUGUGCUCGUGAGUCGCGCUGCUUCAUCAUUACACGAGCUGUUGUGAGGGGCCUGUCAAGAGCUCUGCUGCGCUGGUCCUUCUUACAGAUAGAUGCUUAUAGAUGAAGAAAGGACAUAUUCUUAACUGCAUUUGGAGAUAUGAUGCAUGUAUCCACUGUGGCACAGAGCAUCAUGACGACCAUGAACCGAAGUGAGGUGUCCUGUCAGAUAUCAUUUGAGGAGGACCGUAUUCCUCUGAUGGUGUUCUACAUUGUGGUUUUUAUCAUCGGCCUGCCAGGCAACUUAAUCACGGUCUACCUCACCCUCCACCAGGUGUGUCGUAAGAACGUCCUCGGCAUCUACCUGUUCAGCCUGUCCUUGUGCGAUCUCACUUACCUCUUCACGCUGCCUUUGUGGACAGUGUACGUCAGUAGAAACCACAAGUGGCCCUGGAGCUCGAUGGCCUGCAAAGUGACUGGCUUUGUGUUCUUCAACAACAUGUACAUCAGCAUCUUCCUGCUCUGCUGCGUGUCCAUCGACCGCUACGUGGCGGUGGUCUAUGCAAUUGAAUCUCGCGGUCUUCGCCAGAAACGGAUUGCAGCUCUCAUAGCGUUUUCGAUCUACAUGGUAGUGGGCUUGGUUCACGCGCCCGUCUUCAUCAUGCGCGAAGGGGAAGCUGCCCAAGGGAGUCACCGCUGUUUCGAGCCAGGCCAGAGCACAAAGAUGGUCACGGCAUUCAACUACGCUCGGUUUUGCAUAGGCUUUUGUGUCCCCCUGGGCAUCCUGAUCUUCACCAACAGGGCCAUUCUUGCAAACGUGCAGGCCAGCACAGGCCUCCAGCCCCAUCAGAAAGAAAAGGUGCGCUACCUGGCUGUGGCGGUGGUGGCGUUGUUUUUGAUCUGUUUCGCUCCGUACCACAUUAUCUUGCUCAUGCGCGCCGUCAUCUUCCACUUCCCCGAGCUGCAGGAGCAGUGUCACUUUGAAAAGUACAUCUACACGGCCUACAAAAUCUCUUUGGGACUGUCGACUUUCAACAGCGCCAUCAACCCCAUUCUUUACGUACUCUCCAGCAACAAUAUCCGUCAGGAGAUCAGAAGAGGCAUGGCGUCGCUGUGUAACAAAGUCCUCUCGAGUCAGCGCUCGACACACAGUAGCCAGCACAACAUGCACAGCUCCAAAAGCAAUUCAGAAAAGAGCAAUGAAAUGAGAGCGACUUGUCCCACAUCAUGAUGAAAUUGUAGAAGCAUUGGACAUACGUGUUUUUUUACUUGACGUGCCAUAACUUGUACCUGAAAGGGACGGAAAAAUGUCACCGAUCUUGCAAAAAAUUGAAAGUGAAUUUCCUGUUGUUUUGUUGGGCUGUAGAAUGAAAGGAUCUCAAGAUAAGAUUAUCUCUGUGUGUUUCACACCUUCUAAAUCUGCUUCCGUCUCAGAACGUUUGAAGCUUCUGAAUAGCUUGCAUUGGACUCAUUUUAAGCAUAUUCUCCAUAUUGUUGAGAAGCUCAAAAUAGAUUGGCAGAUUCACAGGAAAGGGCCGAUCUCACAUUUAAAGUGACUCGCUAUACUUGAAUUUGUUUUCAGAUGGCCUUUAUAUUGAAUCAGUAAUAAAUAAACCAUUGUUCACAA